AUGGUACUUGCAUCUUCCUUACCGUCAAAUUGUCAACCUGAAGAAGCUCGAUUAUAUCCUUGCUCAUUGAAUUGCAUACCAAGUCUUGAUGAUAUCACUUUUUAUCUUGUCGAAAUAAUUACUGGAAAGGAUGAUGGACAGUUUAUUGAUGUACAAGAUAUAGGAUGGUUUAAUUAUGAUGAUGAUCAACUUGUGUUAGCUCGAUAUCGAGAUUUUGAUGCUCAAUUUCGGAUUAACAAAAGGACAAUGGUCAACCCAAUUCUUUAUAAAAACGCGACAUCAGAAAUUAUGGAAUUGGAUGACGAGAAAUUAGAAUUGCCGUCACUAGGUCCUUCGUUAUCAGUUGAUUCAUUCAGCAGUCUAACGGAUAAUAGGGUUCCUUCAGAUUCUUUCCUUAUAUCUAGACAAAACUCUAUACAAAGUAUGCCAGAACUAUUAUCGACACCCUCGACUGACAAGGGUGCAGCUCCAUUUAGUGGUAUCAAACAAAAACUGCUUACAUAUUUAUUUAAGAAAGCAUAUGAUACUGAUGACGGUGGUUUGGCUUUGCGUCACUUUUAUCAAAUAUUCGAGCAGCUUUCCUCACUUGUCAUGUGGAAAAUACAAUUUAUUGACGAAUCUAAAUUUCUUAUUAAAUUUGGAAAUGUCGAUUGCGUCAUUGGACAUCACAAUGAUAGUGCAUCACACACAGCUUUUUUUGUUAUAUAUAAUUUUCUGACAACUGAAGUAAUCUCGAUUUUUGAUAAUGCAUCUGAGGAACUUCUCACCGAAUGUGAGACUUUAUGUGAGGGUUUUCAACAAAUCGCCUUCAAUGAGCCUUUUUCAUUUAACUCUAUCUACUCGAAUAAUCUUUAUGCCAGAGAAAAUUUCAAGAAACAUUUGUAUUCAGUUAGACAUGCUCGAAAUGGAGGACCAUUCCAAGCUGUGAAACGGGUUCUUGCAUCAUUACCUUAUGGUCCCCAGACGUGUAGUGAAAGUCCUUAUUUCGAUCAUGCUUUGUUUGCCUAUGACGAUAAAAUAAUAUCUGCCUUUGAUAG